AUGAAGUUUUUCAGGAAGAAGAGUACCAAGGUGCCUGUUGCGGCUCAGCGUUGCGACAGUCACGCAGUCGUGCUGGAGCAGAACGCUCACUACCGGGCAAAGAUUCAAGCGAUGCAGAGUUUGGGAGGUUGCAAGCAGGUGGAGACGGAGGUGGUUAACCCUUUCACCGAUAGCUUGCGACACCGCCUGUUCGAAGCCUUAUGGUCGGCGGUUAAGGAAAAUCAUUUGGAAAGAUUUUACAACGGGGAGAGGGUAGAACAGCUGGUUGAGAAGCAUGCUCCCUUUUAUCCCGCCGUGCAGAGCCUAUGCCGUGCCUGGAACGUCGAGCAUCUGACUUCGGACUUCUUCAAGCUAGUGCUCUAUGACGUCGUCUUCCUCUGCUCAGACGGCCCCACUAUGGCCACCGAGGAACGGAUCGAUGACGCGAAAGCAAGUAUUCAAUACUUGAUGGAGGUCCGCAAACAGAUUUAUGGAGGCAGUGCCGGCGGGGUGAAAGUCCGCUUCGUUAACUCGUCGUACGAACAUGACAACAUGCAAACCAGCCAAGACGUCGAAUGCCUGUUUGCCAAG